CCUUCGGGAAGAAGAAGAGAGGAAACAGCAGCCUAGCAAUUGCUUUGCCUAUUCCAAAUCAAAUCCAUAUUCUACAGAUAUGAAUGCUGGGUGCUGUGGCGUCAACUUUGGCUCCUUAUCCUCCUCAAUCGCCGCCCUCCGUUUCCCGAAUUGGCCCCGUUCCCUCUCCUUCUCCUCCAGAACCCUAAUCCCCUUUUCUUCUCUUUCGACACCCACACCUAUGGACUCCUCGCCCCGCCCCGCCAAGCCCUGGCUUCUCGUGGGCCUCGGUAACCCCGGCAAGAAGUACAACGGCACCCGACAUAACGUAGGUUUUGAGAUGCUCGAUGCUAUAGCUGAAGCUGAAGGAAUAUCCAUUAGCAGUGUUUCCUUCAAAUCGCUGUUUGGAAAAGGUUUUAUUGGAAAUGUUCCGGUUAUGCUAGCCAAACCGCAGACUUUCAUGAAUGUGAGCGGUGAAUCUGUUGGAGCUAUUGUUUCAUAUUACAAGAUUCCGUUGAAGCAAGUCCUUGUGAUUUUUGAUGACUUAGAUCUGCCUUUUGCAAAACUACGGCUAUUGCCAAAAGGUGGACAUGGAGGACACAAUGGGAUGAGAAGUGUGAUUGAUCACUUUAAGGGGAGUCGUGAUUUUCCUCGUUUAAGAAUUGGCAUUGGGAGGCCUCCUGGGAAAAUGGAUACUGCAAACUUUGUUCUUAGUCCAUUCAGUAAACGAGAACGUGAAGAGUUGGAUUUCACAUUUCAAAAUGGUGUGGAAGCUGUGCGGAUUCUUUUGCUUGAGGGAUUUAAUAAAAGCGCAAGUUUUGUGAACACUGCCAAAUCCUUGGAACAACAUAGUCAAUAACAGCUCGAAUUGUGACGCUUUUGGUAAGCCUGUUCCAAAGGAAGAGAACUGUCCAUUAUGGUGAAUGAUCAUGGAAUUUUUUUAUUUUUAGAUUAGAGUACAGAGAAUUCAUCUGAAUACACAAUGGGCAUUAGUUCCAAGCCCCCCCUCCCCUACAGGGGGAUUAUAACAUCCAUUCUUUGAAAUAUAAAUGGUAUAUCUUUUUUAAGAUAUGCUUUGAGAAUUACUGUGGAGUUGUAUUUGUAUUGAGAAUCCAAUUAAUCUUAAACUCAAUUUCUUUAGUUUUUCUUUAUAAUCUCUUCCUAGUGAA